CAGGUGGCUCCUCUGUUCAAAGCCGUUAUUCGUUCUUUUGAUGUUCACAAGCGAGAAAGAACGAUUAGAGUGCUUAAUUAUGAAUGAACUAUGUCAUUGUUUACGGACACAGAUGAGUCAAGGGUUUAAUACUUCGCGUUAAGCACUUCAUCGUUGUAGAAAUGGGAAAAAUGGCGAUGGACAGGGCCAGUUUAACUUGGUUGUGUUUUGUGGUACUUACCCUCACCUCAUGUCAUCUAGCUAAUGUCGCCGGCUUCGGAAUUCCGCGGAUCUUUAAACGACAAGCUGCUGCAGCCCCAGCCCCGGCUCCAGCCCCUGCACCGGCACCAGCACCAGCACCUGGAGCCCCAGGAGCAGCAGAGAAGAAAUGUGAAAAACCCCUGGACAUUGUGUUCGUCCUCGAUAGUUCUGAGAAGAUUGGCAAAGACAACUGGGAGAAGAUUAUUAAUGCUACUUCCAUGAUUGCUUCCAAAUUCGACCUGAAGUAUGCUCGAUUUGGUGUGGAGCAAUACCAGUCAUAUCCAGAAAAAAGCAUCAAACUCAUGAAAUUCACUGACGAUAAAAGUUUGUCAGCCACUCUGGCGAAAAUCUUUUAUAAGAGUGGUGGCAAGAGAACGGAUCUUGCCCUUAACGCCACAUUGGACGUGUUCAAAGAAGCAUCCCCUCGCAGUGGUAGUAAGGUGGUGAUUCUGAUCACUGGAGGGCCCUCCGCUCAAGUGUAUACUGCUCCUGGAAAAUACGUAACUGGGGAGGACCUCCUAGUCAUCCCAACCACUCAGUUACACAAUGCAGAGGUUGCAGUUUAUGCAAUUGGAGUUCAAGAAGGUCUUUCGGACGCGGAUAAAAAGACCUUGACCGCGCAGUUAGGGCUCAUAGCCAGCCAGCCUACCGCAGAUCAUGUUAAAGAAAUUGCCGACUUUGCUACAUUGCUGACCGAGGCUCCUAAAAUAGCCAACUUAUCAUGCAUAGUAAAUGGAGGCUGGAGUACGUGGUCAGCAUGGUCUGAGUGCAGGCAUCCCUGUAUGGUGAAGUUGCGCACAAGAGAAUGCAACAGCCCUGUACCAGAGAGUGGAGGCCUCAACUGCACCGGUGCAAAGGUCGAACAGUAUCCCUGUGCAUCAGCAGCGGAAUGCCAAUCCACCCCAAAACCUGAUAUAAAUCCAACCACUGUCCCUCCAAAACAACAAACUUUCCCACAACCUAAACCACAACCACAACCGCAACGCCAACAACCACCCCAACCACAACCACAACCCCAACCACAAACCCAACCCCAACAACCACAACCGCCACCUGGUGAACCACAAGUGCCUCCUCAACAAAGCGGAGUUGUUGUACAUGGAUCCCCAGAUCCAAAAAAUUGUGGUAACGGAUACGAAAUCGUGAAACUGCCGGAUGCUCAUUUCGACGCCUCGUCAUCUUACGCAGAAGGACCAACUGAAGCAGAUAUAACACAGUCUAGGAUUGACCACAUGCCUUCUAUGGGUCAAAUUAAUAACACAAAGGGAAGAGGAGCCUGGUGCUCUGAUCAUGCCAAAGCUGUAGCUAAAGAUAAGAACCAGUACCUUCAGCUUGACCUUGGACAAGUCACCACUAUCGGACUGGUUGAAACUCAAGGGCAAUACUACUACCCAAAUUUUGUUACCAAGUUCAGUAUCAAUUGUAGCGUGGAUGGUUUAACCUGGUUCAGCUAUGGUAAGAUCAUGGAUGGUAAUAGUGAUCAAAACACUCGAGUGGACAAUCACCUUAAUCCCGCCAUCAGUGUACGCUACAUUCGAUUUAUCCCUUUGGAGUCAGCAACCGACGAUUUGUGCAUGAGAGUGGCAGUCUUCAAAUGCAGAGCUGCCAAUCUCGUCCCACCAGUGAAAGACCAACCAGAAGAUGCUUGGGCGGAUAGGUGGGCAAACGCGACACGCAGGUCAAAAGUAGAAAAGGAGAAGAAACAUAUUCAAGAAUACAAAUCCAAACGCGACGCGAAAGGCCUUCGUAAAAAGAAGCAUUAGGAAAUAAAGUGAUGUUACGAGAAUA